CAAUCAUUCAUCUAGUCAAUAAUUUCAUACAACUUCACUCAUAUAUAAAUUUUCAAGGCUGCAAGCAUUGAGGACAACAAAAAUCAUUCACAUUCUAUAGCAUUAGAAGUUCAAAAACUAUUGUCUUCCCAAAUCUCAACACAUAAAACAAUGGGUUUUCGUUUACCUGGUAUCAGAAAGGCGUCAUUUGCUGCAAACCAGGCAUCUUCAAAAGCUGUCGAUGUGCCAAAAGGAUACCUUGCGGUCUAUGUUGGAGAGAAAAUGAAGAGGUUUGUUAUCCCCAUAUCAUACUUGAACCAACCAUCCUUUCAAGAUUUGUUGAAUGAAGCUAAGGAAGAAUUCGGGUAUGACCACCCAAUGGGUGGUCUUACAAUACCAUGCAAAGAGCUGGAGUUCUUAAAUGUGACCUCUUACUUGAAUGACCUUUAAAUCAAGCUAAUGGAGACAUAGAUAGAUUAGAUGAGGCAAAUUUGUACAGAAGGAAUUUUCUUUAACUAUGAUGAUUUUUGUACUUUGUUUUCCUUGUAUAAUAGGAACUUCUUGCCUGAAUGAGAUUGCAACACCAGACAUUAUUUGAA